UGUCCUCACCGCUCAGGACAUUUCUGGAUGGAAAUCAAAACUUUUAGUCUCCAGAAGUCUGUGGACCACUGUACAUUGGAUUUUUUUGUUUUUUAACUGGAAAUAACUGAAGAAACAUGGUUUCUUUCAGCGGCCCAUGGGAGAGGAUGUUUUAGCCUAAAAUGGAAUAAUGGCCUUAGGUUUGAGGAACAAAUCUGGAAUGGGAAUUCAAACUGCACAAGUUCUGGUAGUUUUCUUGUGGUGACAGAUGAGACAUGAGAUCUUCAGCCUCCAGGCUUUCAAGUUUUUCUUCAAGAGAUUCAUUAUGGAAUCGGAUCAUGCCGGACCAGAUCACCGUGCCCGAGUUCAUCGCGGAGACCACGGAGGAUUACAACUCUCCGACCACCUCCAGCUUCACUACCCGGCUGCAGAACUGCAGGAACACGGUCACGCUGCUGGAGGAGGCAUUGGAUCAAGACAGAACUGCACUACAGAAAGUGAAAAAGUCUGUAAAAGCAAUAUAUAAUUCUGGGCAAGAUCAUGUUCAAAAUGAAGAGAACUAUGCACAAGUAUUAGAUAAAUUUGGAAGUAAUUUUUUAAGUCGGGAUAACCCAGAUCUUGGCACUGCUUUUGUUAAAUUUUCAACACUUACUAAGGAAUUAUCAACGCUGCUGAAAAACCUGCUCCAGGGCUUAAGCCACAAUGUUAUCUUCACUUUGGAUUCUCUCUUAAAAGGAGACUUGAAAGGAGUUAAAGGGGAUCUUAAAAAGCCUUUUGACAAAGCCUGGAAGGAUUAUGAGACCAAAUUCACAAAAAUUGAAAAGGAAAAAAGAGAACAUGCAAAACAGCACGGGAUGAUAAGAACAGAGAUAACAGGAGCUGAGAUAGCAGAAGAAAUGGAGAAGGAAAGGCGACUAUUUCAGCUGCAGAUGUGCGAAUAUCUCAUUAAGGUUAAUGAAAUCAAGACAAAAAAAGGGGUGGACCUUCUACAGAAUCUUAUUAAGUAUUAUCAUGCACAGUGCAAUUUCUUCCAAGAUGGCUUGAAAACUGCUGAUAAAUUGAAACAGUAUAUUGAAAAGUUGGCUGCUGACUUAUAUAAUAUAAAGCAGACACAAGAUGAAGAAAAGAAACAGCUUACUGCACUCCGAGACUUGAUAAAAUCCUCUUUACAGCUUGAUCAGAAAGAGGCUAGGAGAGAUUCCCAGAGCAGGCAAGGAGGAUACAGUAUGCAUCAGCUUCAGGGAAAUAAAGAGUAUGGAAGUGAGAAGAAGGGUUAUCUCUUAAAGAAGAGUGAUGGGCUAAGGAAAGUGUGGCAGAGAAGAAAGUGCACUGUCAAAAAUGGAAUUCUUACCAUAUCACAUGCAACAUCCAACAGGCAACCUGCCAAACUGAAUUUACUAACCUGCCAGGUGAAGCCAAAUGCAGAAGAUAAGAAGUCUUUUGAUCUGAUAUCACAUAACAGAACAUACCACUUUCAGGCGGAGGAUGAGCAAGAGUAUAUAGCAUGGAUAUCAGUAUUGACUAACAGUAAAGAAGAAGCAUUAAACAUGGCAUUCCGCGGAGAGCAGAGCACAGGGGAAAACAGUUUAGAGGAUCUAACAAAAGCCAUUAUUGAUGAUAUACAGAGAUUACCCGGAAAUGAAGUCUGUUGUGAUUGUGGAUCACCAGAUCCAACUUGGCUGUCAACGAACCUGGGCAUUUUAACCUGUAUAGAGUGUUCUGGAAUACAUAGGGAAAUGGGUGUUCAUAUUUCUCGAAUCCAGUCUUUGGAACUAGACAAAUUAGGAACGUCUGAACUCUUGGCAUAUGCAACGCAUGUGCACCUAGCGUGGAAUACACAUAGGGAGCCAGGUGAAACAGCACUUCAUUUAGCAGUCCGGACUGCUGACCAAACCUCUCUUCAUCUGGUUGACUUCCUUGUACAAAACUGUGGAAACCUGGAUAAACAAACUGCAUUGGGGAAUACAAUUCUACACUACUGCAGUAUAUAUAAUAAACCUGAAUGUUUGAAAUUGCUUUUGAGAGGCAAACCAACUAUUGAUAUAGUAAACCAAGCUGGAGACACAGCUCUGGACAUAGCAAAGAGACUGAAAGCUACUCAGUGUGAAGAACUGCUUUCCCAAGCCAAGGCAGGGAAGCUAAAUCCACAUGUACAUGUAGAGUAUGAGUGGAACCUUCGACAGGAAGAAAUUGAUGAAAGUGAUGAUGAUUUAGAUGACAAGCCUAGUCCUAUAAAGAAAGAACGUUCUCCAAGACCCCAGAGCUUUUGUCACUCUUCCAGUCUUUCCCCCCAAGACAAAAUGACUCUGCCUGGAUUUAGCACUCCUAGAGACAAACAAAGACUGUCCUACGGAGCCUUUACAAAUCAGAUUUUUGUCUCUACAAGCACAGAUUCUCCAGCUUCUCCAACAGCAGAUGCUCCUCCUCUCCCUCCUAGAAAUGCUGGCAAAGGUCCACCUUCAACCCUUCCUCUAAGCACUCAACCCUCCAGUGGCAGCUCCACUCUUUCCAAGAAGAGACCACCUCCCCCACCCCCUGGACAUAAAAGAACCCUCUCUGACCCACCAAGCCCGCUACCUCAUGGACCCCAGAAUAAGGGCCCAAUUCCUUGGGGUAAUGAUUUGGGUCCACCCUCAACUAAGACUGCAAACAAGUUUGAGGGAAUGUCUCAGCAGUCAAGCAUGGGGUCUGCAAAGACUGCACUUGGCCCAAGAGUUCUUCCUAAACUACCUCAAAAAGUGGCACUAAGAAAAAUAGAAACCAGUCAUCAUCUUUCAAUAGAUAGAUCUAAUCAACACGUGGAAAUCUUUCAGAAGUCUUCACAGUCGAUCGAUCUACCACAGAAACCACAACCUGGAGACUUGCCCCCAAAGCCUCAGCCUGUGGAACUCGCCCAGAAACCUCCAAUUGGAGAACUACCCCCAAAACCAGGAGAACUACCCCCAAAACCUCAGCUAGGAGAUUUGCCACCAAAACCACAACUUGGAGACUUACCGCCAAAGCCACAAAUGAAAGACCUUCCUCCAAAACCUCAGCUAGGAGAGGUAUUGGCUAAAACUCAAGCUGGAGAAUCAUCACCAAAGCCUCAACCCUCAGAGGCAAAUCAGAAAUCUCACUCCAUAGAUCUUUCUCCAAAUGUACACUCUAGAGAUACCGUCCAAAAGCAAGUAUCUGAAGAUUCUAAUGAUGUGACACAUACCCUGCCAGAGACCCCAGUGCCGCUUCCCAGGAAAAUAAAUAUGGGGAAAAACAAAGUUAGGAGAGUGAAGACCAUUUAUGACUGUCAAGCAGACAAUGAUGAUGAGCUUACAUUUGUAGAAGGAGAAAUAAUUAUAGUAACUGGUGAAGAGGACCAAGAGUGGUGGAUUGGCCAUGUCGAAGGACAGCCAGAGAGGAAAGGAGUCUUCCCGGUGUCCUUUGUGCACAUUUUGUCAGAUUAAUAAAAUUCAAAACUUGAGCAUUGCACAUCCUUCAUGCAAGACAGGCUUUUUAGCCAAAGCUAACGACUGCUGCCUCCCUGUAAUCCUGUGCACAAUUGUAUAUAUCGCUGCUGUUACAAAAUAAGAAUUCAUUUAAGGUUCACCUCAUGAGGUGAAUUAUAUGUAUUGUAAAUAUACUGUUAUUCUGCCUUUGCCAGUAUUAUGGUAGCCUUGGAACCUGGCAUGCCUUAUUGGGUUUGCUGAAGCCAUCCUUGGCAUCUAGCACUUACAUCUCUGUCUAUGCUGUUAAAAAUGUGUAUCAACUGCCAGCUUUCCAAACAUAGGUUUCCAUCGACCAUGUAACUUUGUAGAAAUGACUGUUCCUAAUAACUCAGUAUUCUCAAUUAUAUAAUUAGCAGAGUUAAGAUUCUGUUUUCAAAGUGAAUGGUUUUGGCCCACUUAAAAACCAACCUACAAUUAAGUGUACACAGUUUACAGCUAUGAAGCCCACUUUGGUAUUUAUUAAAGAAAGUGUUCAGUUAAAUGUAAAUUUGAAAGCAAAAGAAAUAUUCACUGACUUUACAGAAAAGCAGUAGCAUUUUAUGGUGUGCAUACAGCAUUUCAUGUUUAUAUUAUGUGGACCUAUGCCAAACUCUGAUUGCAUUUUCCCUGUGAUAUUACCUCACUUUAAGACAGUUACAAAUUACUUCCAUCUGAAAAUUUAUUUUGAUAAAAAUUAGUCAUACUGUCUUUCCUUAUAUGUAUGUGAAAUUUGCUGAAGGUUUUUCACUGACUUUUUAGUAACCAAGGACUUCUAGAAAAUAUUACACUGUUUAUAUUACGCAUGCAUUUAAAACAGUGGUUCUCAACCUGUUUAUCAUUGUGGGCUGCAUAUGUGGCCCAAAAUGUGUUA